CGACAUUUUUACGCGCCGGAUGUAUUGCUCCCCAGCCGCAAAUGCUGAUGUGUUACAAGGAAAUUACAGCGCAUGUAAACUUUUGAAUUUGUUUGUUUUUUUCGGGGUUAAAACUAACAUCCCCGAGAGGCUCUGGCCGGGCGGAGGUCGAUGUCAAAGAGGACUGAGUGCGCUCCGGGGAAGCGAACAGCAGCGGCCGGUCGGAGAGCGAAUGGCGCCCAAAGGUAAAGUCGGCACGAAAGGCAAGAAGCAGAUCUACGAGGAGAACGAGGCGACUCUCAAGUUCUACACAAGAGUCAUUCUCGGAGCAAAUGCAAUAUAUGCUGCCAUAAACCUUUUGGUUUUCUACAGUUCGUCCUCAUUUUGGACAUGGUUUCUACUCAUGUUCGCACUGGCAGUGUAUGCUGGGAGCUACCGCUCCAUGUCUGCCAUGGCCAAGCCAGUGUUUGCUGAGGAUGGGAGUCUCCUGGAUGGAGGAAUAGACUUGAACAUGGAGCAGGGCAUGGCAGAGCACCUGAAGGAUGUCAUCCUGCUCACAGCCAUAGUACAAGUGCUCAGCACUAUCUCUGCUUACUUCUGGUAUCUUUGGCUGCUGGCCCCUGCCCGUGCCCUGCACCUGCUGUGGGUAAACUUUCUGGGCCCCUGGUUUUCCGCUGAAAGCCCCUCAGCACCAGAGGAAGUGAACGAGAAGAAGCAGCGGAGACAAGAGCGCAGACAGAUGAAGCGAUUCUGAUCAGACGGAGCAGUAUUUUUAUACACAGAAUCUAAUAUACAGACAGCCAGGAAACCCAUAAGUUAUUCAGGAAGAAAUUUUGAUAUGUAAGUCAAAAUAAGUCCAAAUCAGAUCAUGUGGUAUGACUUGUUUGUUUUCUUUCUGCUAUAAUCCAAUUCUCCCCCUAAAUCAUUAAAUUAAAUCUGACCUGUUUAGUUAA